GGGGAAACAGGACAGUCAAACCUAUCAGACCACUCCGUCAGCCCAGACAAAGCCAUCAAAGACUUUGAGAAGAAGUUCAAAGACAAGACGAAGAACAGCUGGAAGGAGCGGGACAACUUUGUGUCUCACCCGUGGAAGUACACCCUUAUAGAGGUGGAUGGAGACCAGGAUAAAGAGGUCAAGGUAACGGUGGUGUGCUGGAUCUCAGGACUGCUAGGGACUCUGAUAGAUAGGUGGUCAGACUGCAACUUUACACUGACUCUCACUCAUUAUUGCUUUGCUGUGUCAAUUUGUUAUCUCUCUAUAACAUGCUCUCGUCUGGCUUUUGCAGGUGGACAAUGUUGAUGGGAAGAUUGUCAAGGGGCCCAAAAACAUCCUGCCUUGCACCCUGAAUAACCCCACACAGAAGCUCAUCCAUCUCAUCUUUAGCAACGACAUGUUCAAAGAGGCCAUGGAGUGCAUGGACCUAGGUGGGUGUCAAUCUCAGUCCAGCCCACCACCUUUACCGCUACAGCACUGAAUCAAUCCUCUGUUCCUCAGUCAUUAAGCAUGGGUGGGGUCUGUCUAUGUACAUUUUUUUUUACAUUUUUAGUCAUUUAGCAGACACUCUUAUCCAGAGCGACUUACAGUUAGUGAGUGCAUACUUUUAUUUUGUAAUUAUUAUUAUUUUUCUUUUUUUUUUUCUCUUUUUUUCAUACUGGCCCCCCGUGGGAAUCGAACCCACAACCCUGGCGUUGCAAACGCCAUGCUCUACUAACUACAUCCCUGCACAUGUUCUGUUAUGUAACAUACCUGUUUGACUGGACUGCUUGUUGUAUUGUAUUCUACUCUCAGUGGAAUUAUACACAGUACUUGGCUGUUAAACUGAAGUCUCUGUGAUCAAAGAGGUAUCCUAAAUCAUUAACUAGAGUCAUUUAAAUAGAGGGUAAAGCCUGGCGAUCUGGAGAUAAAUGUCUAAUCCAUAUAAAACCCAGUCUGUCUGAUCAAUAAUGUAAAUGGCGCCUGACUGUACAAUUUAUUGUUUUGGGCUGAAGCUUAUUCAGCUGUGUUGCGAGUUCCCCAACAACCACCUUGACCAACGUAGAGGAGAGCAGUCAACAUAAAGCUAUGUAAACUGUGCAGGUGUCUAACAUAUGAACUCAGACAGAGCGGUAAUAUGUGUAUAAUCAUCAUCUCCUCCCUGGUUGUCGCGCUCUCUCUCUAUGGACCACCAGACAUAAAGAAGAUUCCCCUGGGGAAGCUGAGCACGCUGCAGAUCGCCAAGGGCUUUGAAGUGCUGGAGGAGAUUGAGGGAGCCAUGAACGCCAGCCGGACCAGCAUGACCAAACUGGAGGAGCACUCCUCCAAGUUCUUCACCACCAUUCCACACAACUUUGGACGCACCAGGCCCCCGGUCAUCGACAGCUCUGAGAUCAUAGAGAAGAAGAAGGAGUUGCUUCUGGUGAGAUCUACUUGAUCAACUUGUACUUAAUUAGAUCUGACACAGUAUUGUGCUUUGUGGAAUGACAUUGAUAUUGGUCAGUACUAUUUAGGGCCAAUAGUUUUUUUUUUAUAGCCUACAAGAAGGACCCAGAGUUUUGGUAAAAGGUACAACUCCUGGCCGUAACCAUGAUGAGUAGUCUUGUCCAGGCCUGAUCCCAUCUCUCCUUCCUCCUGCUGCUCCCUGCAGGUGCUGGCUGAUAUAGAGAUAGCCCAGAACCUGAAGGCUGAGACUGAGAAGACCCAGGAGCUGAUGGAGGUGGAGAAAGUACCUCAUUCACUGGACCAGAACUAUCUGUCUCUCAACUGCAAACUCUGUCUACUAGAUAGAGAAACACAGGAAUUCAAGGUACAGUCGCCUCUAAUGGAAGUUACAUUUUAUACAAACACGGCUGUAUUGUUGUAGAUGUAAAAAUCAUAGUCAUACAAAACUUUAGUGAUACUGAUAUACUCAUUGUGGCAUUGCAAUAUUGGUGACUCUAUUUACUGAGACAAGACGAUAUACAAUAUUAUUCUCUGUGGUCUAAAGUAACUAUUGAGCUUCCAUUGUAUUUCCAUUCUUGUCUAAUUUAAAGGUAAUUGAGAAAUACCUGAAGGCCACUGCACAUAGCCACAGCCAGCCAAAGAUUAUAGAUGUCUGGGAGGUAGAGAGCGAGACUGAGGUGGGUAACACAUGACACAACUACUUCAUCAUAAUAAUGUUAGCAUGUAAUACAGCGUGAAUUUGUAUUGAUUCAUUACUUAUUUGGUGUGAGCUUGAUUGUUGUAAUGAAGUUGAGAAUCUCUUCUUUUUUUGGCUAAAAAGUACACGGGUCCCUCUAUUAAAGUGACUAUGUUUGUGCGUUAGGUCAAGGAUUCUGUACUCCUAUCUACAUAUCUGUGUGUGGGUAUUGUUUUCGGCAGGCGGAGCGGUUCAGGGAGAAUGACAGCCUGGAGAACCGACGUCUGCUGUGGCACGGCACCAAUGUGGCGGUGGUUGCGGCCAUCUUGAAGGGUGGCCUGCAUAGUCACUUCAUGCCAAAGUCAGGGGGCCGUGUAGGCAGGGGCAUCUACUUUGCCUCGGAGAUCAGCAAGUCUGCUAAAUACGGUGAGGUUCUACCCCAGCAUUACAGUGCAUUCGGAAAGUAUUCCGACCCCUUGACUUUUUCCACAUUUUGUUAUGUUACAGCCUUAUUCUAAAAUGGAUUUUUUUUUUUUUUACAUUUUCCUCUAUACCCCAAAAUGACAAAGCAAAUGGGGAAUUUAAAAAACGGAAAUAUCACAUUUACCUAAGUAUUCAGACCCUUUACUCAGUACUAUGUUGAAGCACCUUUUGCAGCGAUUACAGCCUCACGUCUUCUUGGGUAUGACGCUACAAGCUUGGCACACUUGUAUUUGGGAGUUUCUUCCAUUCUUCUCUGAAGAUCCUCUCAAGCUCUGUCAGGUUGGAUGAGGAGCAUCACUGCACAUUUAUUUUCAGGUCUCUCCAGAGAUGUUCGAUCGGGUUCAAGUCUGGGCUCUGGCUGGGCCACUCAAGGACAUUCAGAGACUUGUCCCGAAGGCACUCCUGUGUUGUCUUCGCUGUGUGCUUAGAGUCGUUGCCUGUUAAUACUGCUGGACCAGAUGGGGGAGAGUGGUAAGCUUAAUUUCAGACAAAGACAAGAUGGUAGUUUGCUACACAUUCCUGUGUCAACUUUAGUAUAUCUAAACUGUUCAUCUCUUGAGCAUCCAGGGUUGAAGCACGAAAUCCUCUCUCCUCCCCUACAGGGGGAAACAGGACAGUCAAACCUAUCAGACCACUCCGUCAGCCCAGACAAAGCCAUCAAAGACUUUGAGAAGAAGUUCAAAGACAAGAUGAAGAACAGCUGGAAGGAGCGGCUUUUUGGCAAACUCCAAGCAGGCUGUCGUGCCUUUUACUGAGGAGUGGCUUCAGUCUGGCCACUCUACCAUAAAGGCCUGAUUGGUGGAGUGCUGCAGAGAUGGUUGUCGUUCUGGAAGGUUCUCCCAUCUCCACAGAGGAACUCUGGAGCUCUGUCAAGAGUGACCAUCGGGUUCUUGGUCACCUCCCUGACCAAGGCCCUUUUUUCACUUGAUUGCUCAGUUUGGCCGGGCGGCCAGCUCUAUGAAGAGUCUUGGUGGUUCCAAACUUCUUCCAUUUAAGAAUGAAGGAGGCCAUUUUUGUUCUUGGGGAUCUUCAAUGCUGCAGACAUUUUUUGGUACCCUUGCCCAGAUCUGUGCCUCGACACAAUCCUGUCUCGGAGCUCUACUGACAAUUCCUUCAACCUCAUGGCUUGGUUUUUGCUCUUGGGACCUUGUAUAGGCAGGUGUGUGCCUUUCCAAAUCAUGUCCAAUCAAUUGAAUUUACAACAGGUGGACUCCAAUGAAGUUGUAGAAACAUCUCAAGGAUGAUCAAUGGAAACAGGAUGCCUUGUGUGUAGAUUGAUGAGGAAAAAAAUGAAUUUAAUCAAUUUUAGAAUGAGGCCGUAACGUAACAAAAUGUAGAAAAAGUCAAGGGGUCUGAAUGUUUUCCGAAUGCACUCUAGGACAGACACUUCAAAAUAAACUUCCUUUAGUUUUUUAAGUGUCUCUCCUACAGUGCAUUCGGAAAGUAUUCAGACCCCUUUACUUUUUCCACAUUUUGUUACGUUACGGCCUCUCGGGGGGCCUACGGAUCCGGGGGGACGGGGGUGGUCUGCCGUUCACUGGAAUGAAAACCCAACUUGGAAUGGGGAGGGGCUUUAGCGGUUGGAAUAGUGGAGAACAAUUGGAGGGUUACUUAGUAGCAAUGCAAAUAUCAUGGUACAGCUAUAUGGACACUCAAUCACUAUGGUACUUUUUAAUGGUACAUUUAGAAACAUAUAUUAUGAUAAAUAGAUUUGAAACUUGUAUCUCAUUAUGGUAGAUCGUGAAAUAAGUAUAGCGAGUUAUAAUUGUAAUGGCUUAGCAGAUAAUAAGAAAAGAAGAACAAUAUUAACCUGGCUCAAAGAGAAGGAAUAUAAUAUCUAUUGUUUACAGGAAACUCAUUCAACAAUUUUAGAUAAAGUUGUGUGGGAAAAUAACUCUGGGGGCGGAAAUAUACUUCUCCCAUGGGCAAAGAAACUCAAAAGGGGAGAUGAUAUUAAUUAACAGUAAUUUUGAUUUUAAAUAUGUUAUGGGACCAUAAACAGAUAUGGCUCAUUAACCUUUAAGGACCAAAUAAUGAUGAUCCACACUUCUUUGAAAAUAUAUAUCAUAAAUGUUCAACCCUGCAAGCAAUACAAGACUCUAUUAUUAUGGUGGGAGAUUAUAAUACUGUUUUAAAUACCUCAAUGGACCGUAAAGGAAAUCACACUACAAACGAUCACCCUCAUGCUCUUAAGGAAAUCAUGAAUGUCAUGGAUAUAUUGGAACUAGUGGAUAUAUGGAGGCUUAAAUAUCCUGACCUAGUGAGAUAUACAUGGCGGAGGCUCAAUCAAACUUCUUUCUUAUGUCAUUCUCGUUGGCACCAGAAGUUUAAAAAGUGUUGGUAGGGGACAGAAUGCGGUCGGACCAUCAGAUAAUUGGCAUAUACAUCACUCUUACUGAAUUUCCACGUGGGUGAGGAUAUUGGAAAUGUAAUCAAAGCCUAUUGUAUGAUAACUUGUUUUUAACUACGACAGAGGAAUUUAUAACUGAAUUCUUCCGACAUAACAUAGGGACAGCAAAUCCCCUUAUUGUAUGGGACACUUUUAAAUGUGCCUUUAGAGGCCAUGCAAUUCAGUACUCAUCUCUAAAAUAAAAGCAAUUUAGGUCAAAAGAGUCCAUACUAACAAAGGAAACAGAAGGUCUAACAGAACAGAUAGAUAGCAAUAAAAACUGUACCAUAGAGGCUCAGAAUAAGUUAGAGGAAAAACAAAAAUAAAUGGAGGAACUUAUUCAAGAAAGAUCAAGUGUAAUAUAUUAUAAAAAAUAAAGCAAACUGGAUGGAAUAUGGGGAAAAAUGCACCAAAUUAUGUUUUUAUCUUCAACAUAGAAAUGCUACCAAAAAGAAUUGACUGAAAUUGGUUACAAAUGACGGAGUCACCCAUGAUUCACCAAAUUAUAUUUUGAAAGAGGAAGAAAAGUACUUUAAGCAUAUGUUUUCGUUUCAGUCUCCUCCAUCUCCUCUAACCGAAGCUAAUUGUAUGGAUUGUUUUUCUAUUUUUUUCUAUAAUGUAAAAUUAACAGCUGUACAGAAAUACUAAUGUGAAGGCGAAAUUACAGAGGAGGAACUUCUUGAUGCAAUUAAAGCCUUUAAGUCCAGGAAAACUCCAGGGCUGGAUGGCAUACCAGUUGAGGUAUACCAAACCUAUUUUAAUAUACUCAGAGGACCGUUAUUAGCAUGUUUUAACCACUCCUAUGUAAAUGGUAGAUUAUCAGACAUGCAACAAGAAGGUCUGAUUUCAUUAUUACUGAAACAGGAUACAAGUGGGAAAUAUAAAGAUCCAGUCCAUUUAAAAAAUUGGAGGCCCCUUACACUUCAGUUUUGUGAUGCAAAAAUUCUAGCUAAAUGUGUAGUGCAUAGAAUUAAAAAGGUAUUGUCGGACAUUAUUCAUUGUAAUCAGACAAGUUUUUUACAUGGACGAUACAUUGGAGAUAAUAUAAGGCAAGUACUGGAAACAAUAGAACACUAUGAACAAUCUGGGAACCAGGCCUGCUGACUUUGAAAAGGCUUUUGAUAAAGUUCAACUGGAGUUUAUAUACACUACCGUUCAAAAGUUUGGGGUCACAUAGAAAUUUAAUUUUUUCCAUGAAAACAUAAAUUAAAUUAGUUUGAAUAGGAAAUAUAGCAAAAUGAAUAGGAAAUGUAGUCAUUGACAAGGUUAGAAAUAACGAUUUUUAAUUGAAAUAAUAAUUGAAUCCUCCAUUUGCAGCAAUUACAGCCUUGCAGACCUUUGGCAUUCUAGUUGUCAAUUUCUUCAGGUAAUCAGAAGAUAUUUCACCCCUUGCUUCCUGAAGCACCACCCACAAGUUGGAUUGGCUUGAUAGGCACUUCUUACGUACAAUACGGUCAAGCUGCUCCCACAACAGCUCAAUAGGGUUGAGAUCUGGUGACUGUGCUGGCCACUCCAUUAUAGACAGAAUACCAGCUGACUGCUUCUUCCCUAAAUAGUUAUUGCAUAGUUUGGAGCUUUGCUUUGGGUCAUUGUCCUGUUGUAGGAGGAAAUUGGCUCCAAUCAAGCGCCGUCUACAGGGUAUGGCAUGGCGUUGCAAAAUGGAGUGAUAGCCUUCCUUCUUCAAGAUCCCUUUUACCCUGUACAAAUCUCCCACUUUACCACCACCAAACCACCCCCAGACCAUCACAUUGCCUCCACCAUGCUUGACAGAUGGCAUCAAGCACUCCUCCAGCAUCUUUUCAUUUGGUCUGCGUCUCACAAAUGUUCUUCUGUGUGAUCCGAACACCUCAAACUUCGAUUCUUCUGUCCAUAACACUUUUUUCCAAUCUUCCUCUGUCCAGUGUCUGUUCUUUUGCCCAUCUUAAUCUUUUCUUUUUAUUGGCCAGUCUGAGAUAUGGUUUUUUCUUUGCAACUCUGCCUAGAAGGUCAGCAUCCCGGAGUCGCCUCUUCACUGUUGACAUUGAGACUGGUGUUUUGCGGGUAUUAUUUAAUGAAGCUGCCAGUUGAUGACCUGUGAGGCGUCUGUUUCUCAAACUAGACGCUCUAAUGUAUUUGUCCUCUUGCUCAGUUCUGCACCGGGGCCUCCCACUCCUCUUUCUAUUCUGGUUAGAGCCAGUUUGCGCUGUUCUGUGAAGGGAGUAGUACACAGCUUUGUACGAGAUCUUCAGUUUCUUGGCAAUUUCUCGCAUGGAAUAGCCUUAAUUUCUCAGAACAAGAAUAGACUGACGAGUUUCAGAAGAAAGUUAAUUGUUUCUGGCCAUUUUGAGCCUGUAAUCGAAUCCACAAUUGCUGAUGCUCAAGAUACUCAACUAGUCUCAAGAAGGCCAGUUUUAUUGCUUCUUUAAUCAGCACAACAGUUUUCAGCUGUGCUAACAUCAUUGCAAAAGGGUUUUCCAAUUAUCAAUUAGCCUUUUAAAAUGAUAAACUUGGAUUAGCAAACACAACGUGCCAUUGGAACACAGGACUGAUGGUUGCUGAUAAUGGGCCUCUGUACACCUAUGUAGAUAUUCCAUAAAAAAUCAGCCGUUUCCAGCUACAAUAGCCAUUUGCAACAUUAACAAUGUCUACACUGUAUUUCUGAUCAAUUUGAUGUUAUUUUAAUGGACAAAAAAAAUGCUUUUCUUUCGAAAACAAGGACAUUUCUAAGUGACCCCAAAGUUUUGAAUGGUAGUGUGUAUAUAUGCCUGGAACAUUUCUAUUUUGGAGAAUCUGUUAUAAAAUGGGUUAAAAUGAUGUUACCCUAGGUGUAAAAUAGUAAAUAAUCGCUACUUCUCAGAAAGUGUCAAGAGGAGUAAAACAAGGUUGUCCACUAUCUGCAUAUUUAUUUAUUAUGGCCAUCGAAAUGUUAGCUAUUAAAAUCAGAUCCAACAAUAAUAUCAAGGGAUUAGAAAUCCAGGGCUUAAAAACAAAGGUGUCAUUGUACGCUGAUGAUUCAUGUUUUCUUUUAAUUCCACAACUUGGAUCCCUCCACAGCCUCAGAGGAUCUAGAUAAUAUUUCUAAUCUCUCUGGAUUACAGCCAAAUUUUGAUACAUUUACUAUAUUAAGUAUUGAAUCACUAAAAAAUACAACUUUUACAUUACCAUGUAGUUUACCAAUAAAAUGGUUUGAUGAUGAUGUGGAUAUACUCGGUAUACAUAUCCCGAAAGAAAGAAAUGAUCUCACUCCAAUCAAUUUUAAUUGAAAGUUAGCAAAAAUAGAUAAGAUCUUGCUACCAUGGAAAGGUAAAUACCUGUCUAUUUGUGGAAAAAUUACCCUGAUUAACUCUUUAGUAACUAUUUACUUAUGGUAUUGCCUAUGCCUGAUCCUGGCGCCGAUGAAGAUGGGGCCUCACGACUAGCUCUAGGAAACUUUGCAGUAUUUUUUUUUAAUGUAUUAUUUUUUACAUUAUUAGCUCAGAAAGUGUUUUGCAUCAUUACAUACAGCCGGGAAAAACGAUUGGAUAUCAGAGCGGCGGUAACUCACCAGCAUUACGACCAGGAAUACGACUUUCCCAAAGCAGAUCCUUUGUUUGCUCUCCCUAGGGCAACUGAACUGAUUCCAGCGGCUGACCCAAAACAUCGCCGGCGGAGGAGAUGCACUCGGAGCGGCCUGCUGGUUCGACUUAGGAGGCGCAUACCACCCACCACUUCCAAGUAUCCUACUCGCUAAUGUUCAAUCUUUGGUUAACAAAGUCGACGAACUACGGGCAAGGAUUUCUUUCCAGAGAGACAUCAAGGCCUGUAAACUACUCUGUUUCACGGAAACAUGGCUCUCUUGGGAUAUUCUGUCGAAAUCGGUCCAGCCAGAUGGGUUCUCAGUUCAUCGCGCAAACAGGAAUAAAUAUCUCUCCGGGAAGCAGAAGGGCGGAGGUGUGUGUUUCAUGAUUAAUGACUCAUGGUGUAAUUGUAGUAACAUACAGGAACUCGAGUCCUUCUGUUCACCCGACCAAGAAUAUCUCACAAUCAAAUGCCGACCGUAUUAUCUCCCAAGAGAAUUUUCUUCGGUUAUAGUCACAGCUGUGUAUAUCCCCCUCAAGCCGAUACCACGGCCCUCAAAGAACUUCACUGGACUUUAUGCAAACUGGAAACCACAUAUCCUGAGGCUGCAUUUAUUGUAGCCUGGGAUUUUAACAAAGCAAAUUUGAGGACUAGGCUGCUGAAAUUCUAGCAACAUAUCGACUGUUGUACUCGCGCUGCUAAAAUCCUCGACCAUUGCUAUUCAAACUUCCGGGAUGGUUAUAAGGCCCUCCCCCGCCCUCCUUUUGGCAAAUCUGACCACGACUCCAUUUUGCUUCUCCCUUCCUAUAGGCAGAAACUCAAACAGGAAGUACCCGUGCUAAGGACUAUUCAACGCUGGUCUGACCAAUCGGAAUCCACGCUUCAAGAUAGUUUUGAUCACGCGGACUGGGAUAUGUUCCGGGUAGCUUCCGAAAAUAAUUUUGACGAAUACACUGAAACAGUGACUGAGUUUAUCAGGAAGUGUUGUGCCCUCUGUGACUAUUAAAACCUACCAUAUCCAGAAACUGUGGAUAGACGGCAGCAUUUGCGCAAAUCUAAAAGCGCGAACCACCGCAUUCAACCAUGGCAAGGUGACUGGGAAUAUGGCAGAAUACAAACAGUGUAGCUACUCACGCCGCAAGGCAAUUAAAGUUAGAUUAGGCAAUUAAAAUCAGUAUAGAGACAAAGUGGAGUCGCAAUUCAACGGCUCAGACACGAGACGUAUGUGGCAGGGUCUACAGACAAUCACGGACUACAAAAAGAAAACCAGCCACGUCGCCGACACCGACAUCUCGCUAAACAAGCUAAACACCUUCUUUGCCCGCUUUGAAGAUAACAUAGUGCCACUGACGAGGCCCACUACCAAGUACUGUGGCCUCUCCUUCUCCAUGGCCGACGUGAUUAAGACAUUUAUGCAUGUUAACCCCCGCAAGGCUGCCGGCCCAGACGGCAUCCCUAGCCGCGUCCUCAGAGCAUGGACAGACCAGCUGGCUGGUGUGUUUAUGGACAUAUUCAAUCUCUCCCUUUCCCAGUCUGCUGUUCCCACAUGCUUCAAGAUGGCCACCAUUGUUCCUGUACCCAAGAAAGCAAAGGUAACUGAACUAAAUGACUAUCACCCUGUAGCACUCACCUCUGUCAUCAUGAAGUGCUUUGAGAGACUAGUCAAGGAUCAUAUCACCUCUACCUUACCUGUCACCCUAGACCCACUUCAAUUUGCUUACCGCCCCAAUAGAUCCACAGGUGAUGCAAUCGCCAUCACACUGCACACUGCCCUAUCCCAUCUGGACAAGAGGAAUACCUAUGUAAGAAUGCUGUUCAUUGACCAUAGCUCAGCAUUCAACACCAUAGUACCCUCCAAGCUCAUCAUUAAGCUUGAGGACCUGGGUCUGAACCCCGCCCUGUGCAACUGGGUCCUGGACUUCCUGACGGGCCGCCCCCAGUUGGUGAAGGUAGGAAACAACAUAUCCACUUCGCUGAUCCUCAACACUGGGGCCCCACAAGGGUGCGUGCUCAGCCCCCUCCUGUACUCCCUGUUCACACAUGACUGCGUGGCCAAGCACACUUCCAACUCAAUCAUCAAGUUUGCAGACGACACAACAGUAGUAGGCUUGAUUACCAACAAUGGCGAGACCGCCUACAGGGAGGAGGUGAGGGCUCUGGGAGUGUAGUGCCAGGAAAAUAACCUCUCACUCAACAUCAACAAAACAAAGGAGAUCUUGGGAAUUGUACAAUAAAAAUUCUGCAGCAUUGAAGGUCCCCAAGAGCACAGUGGCCUCCAUCAUUCUUAAAUGGAUGAAGUUUGGAACCACAAAGACUCUUCCUAGAGCUGACUGCCCGGCCAAACUGAGCAAUCAGGAGAGAAGGGCCUUGGUCAGGGAGGUGACCAAGAACCCGAUAGUCACUCUGACAGAGCUCCAGAGUUCCUCUGUGAUGAUGGGAGAACCUUCCAGAAGGACAACCAUCUCUGCAGCACUCCACCAAUCAGGCCUUUAUGGUAGAGUGGCCAAACAGAAGCCACUCCUCAAUAAAAGGCACAUGACAGCCCGCUUGGAGUUUGCCAAAAGGCCCCUAAAGGACUCUCAGACCAUGAGAAACAAGAUUCUCUGGUCUGAUGAAACCUAGAUUGAACUCUGGGACUGGGAGACUAGUCAGGAUCGAGGGAAAGAAGAACGGAGCAAAGUACAGAGAGAUCCUUGAUGAAAACCUGCUCAGGACCUCAGACUGGGGCGAAGGUUCACCUUCCAACAGGACAACGACCCUAAGCACACAGCCAAGACAACGCAGGAGUGGCUUCGGGACAAGUCCCUGAAUGUCCUUGUGUGGUCCAGUCAGAGCCCGGACUUGAAUCCGAUCAAACAUCUCUGGAGAGACCUGAAAAUAGCUGUGCAGCAACGCUCCCCACCCAAACUGACAGAGCUUGAGAGGAUCUGCAGAGAAGAAUGGGAGAAACUCCCCAAAUACAGGUGUGCCAAGCUUGUGGCGUUAUACGCAAGAAGACUCAAGGCUGUAAUCGCUUCCAAAGGUGCUUCAACAAAGUACUGAGUAAAGGGACUGAAUAGUUAUGUUAAUGUAAUAUUUACGUUUAUUAAUUUUUUUAUACAUUUGCAAAAAAAUCUAAAAACCUGUUUUUACUUUGUCAUUAUGGGGUAUUGUGUGUAGAUUGAGGGGGGAAAAAACUAUUUAAUCUAUUUUAAAAUAAAGCUGUAACGUAACAAAAUAUGGAAAAAGUCAGGGAGUCUGAAUAUAUCUGAGAGAUAUAAGGAAGAUCAGGAAUAAAUUUUUUGGGAUACAUAUUUAACCCCUUUUUUUGUGGGGGGGGGGACGGGGGGGGGGACGGACACAUUUAACUACUUCCAUGUAUACUUCCAUUCAUUUUUGAAACUCUUACCGGGCUACCUUCAGACAAGUCUUGUGAGGCCUGUGGUUGUCCUAGAGCAAAACAACUGACAUGUAUGUGGUCGUAAGAGGGGCCAUAUUAGUGUGUAGCCCAAACUGUUCAGACGCUACAAACAGAAGUUGGCAGAUUGGCGAUAUCGACUUCAAACGAGUCCCAGGAUGCUUAUGGGGGUAGAGAGCCUUAUCUCUCCAUAGAGGGUUCAUAAUAGUUUUUGUCGGCCAAACCGUUGAGACGCUACAGACGUUUUCGUGAGAAGUCCGAUUUUCGGGAUGUCUCCUGGUCUGACAAACACCUCUCUAGCUCUGCCACCUUUCACCGCAGAUGCGGAUGGCCGACAUCGGUGGAUGUUGUGGAUUGAGACGCAGCCCAUGCAAAAAAGCAUAUCUAGCUUAUUAUGCUAAUUUGAUUUCCGCAGGGGUGUGGACAACGACUCUAGGCGGUUUAAAGGACCUCCCUAACAGCCAUGUCUCUGUGUCCUUUCCCUGUGUAGUGCAUACGUCUAAAGACACAAGGGUGAUGUUUCUGAAUGAGGUGGUGCUAGGGAAGGAGCACACCAUCACUAAGGACGACAACUCCCUGAGGAAGGCUCCUGCGGGCUACGACAGCGUGGUGGCUAGAGGACAGGUGGAACCAGGUACAGCACCACCACUCACAGCUCACCCCUGGUCUAAGACCAACUCACUCCCUUACCCUGGUGACAAUAUCCAUUCACUGUUAUUGUCUCAGCCAUGGCCAGUCUGUCUCCAUAUAUACUCUAAUGAAGUGGUCACUGUAUGUCUAAACAUCUGGUAGAUGGUCAGACGAAAUCCAGAAGAAGGCAUCAGUAUGGUUGUGUAGUAAACACUGUUGUGUUGUUUCAGACCCGUCCAAGGACAUCUUCCUGACUCUGGAUAGUAAGCAGGUGGCUGUGCCUCAGGGUAAACCCACCAAGCAGCCCCAGUACAAGGACAGCUACUUCUGCAACAGUGAGUACCUGGUCUACAAGGAGAACCAGUGUCGCAUCCGCUACCUGCUGGAGCUCAAGUUUUAA